GACUACUUCACAGACCUGAUCACCAACGACAGCACCAACUUCUUCCGCACGUCGAAGCGGAUGUUCCCCCGGCCUGUGAUGAUGGUCGUGAGUCACGGCCCUCAUGGUCCCGAGGACUCAGCCCCGCAGUACGCCGAGCACUUCCCAAACGCUUCCCAACACAUUACGCCCGCCUACAACUACGCCCCGAACAUGGACAAACACUGGAUCAUGCAGUACACCGGCCCCAUGAGGCCGAUCCACAUGGAGUUCACCAACUUUCUGCACAGAAAGAGGCUGCAGACGCUCAUGUCGGUGGACGACUCGGUGCAGAAGGUGUUUGACAUGCUGGAGGAAACUGGAGAGCUGGACAACACGUACGUCAUCUACACGGCGGACCACGGAUAUCACAUCGGGCAGUUUGGGUUAGUGAAGGGGAAGUCCAUGCCGUACGACUUCGAUAUCCGAGUGCCGUUCUUCCUGAGAGGACCGAACAUCGAGCAGGGCGCCGUGAAUCCUCACAUGGUGCUGAACAUCGACCUGGCCCCCACCAUCCUGCACAUCGCCGGCCUCGACCCCCCCGCCGACAUGGACGGGAAAUCCGUCCUGAAACUGCUGGAGCAGGACCGGACUGGAAACAGAUUCAAAACCAACAAGAAACCCAAAGUCUGGAGGGACACAUUCCUGGUGGAGCGAGGGAAGAUCCUGAGGAAGAAGGAGGACUCGGUGACCCCGCAGAACACCAACAGCCUCCCCAAAUAUAAGAAGGUGAUGGAGACGUGUCAGCAGGCAGAGUUUCAGACGCCCUGCCAGCAGCCAGGACAGAAGUGGCACUGUGUGGAGGAGAUCUCGGGGAAGUGGAGGAUCCAGAAAUGUAAAGGAGGGUCUAAGGAGGGCUCCAGGAAGAGGGUCCGCAGCCUGAAGCCCUCCUUCAGGGAGCCUGCCUGCGACUGUGGAGACGCUCUGAUCAAAUCCUCCAGACCUGAGCGCCGUGCACACCGUCAGCUGAGCGGACAGCGUUUCCGGCCUCGUUUCGUUCACACGCGUCAGACUCGCUCUCUGUCGGUGGAGUUUGAAGGUCAAAUCUACGACGUUGACCUUCAGGCGGACGAUCAGACGGCCGUGAGACGACGAUCCAUCUCCAAACGUCACUAUGACAACGACCCCAACGACCCCGACGACCCCCACAACCUUGAAAUGCUCCCAGGGUCAGACGGAUCAGAGGAGAUGCUCUCAGACGACACCAACGCUGUGGGGUACAUGACCUCUGUGAAGGUCACACACAAGUGUUACAUGCUGAUGAACGACAGUGUUC